AUGGCACAACCACCUCCAGGACCCGGAGGACUCUACAGAGCUCCACCUCUAUAUCGAUUUGCUGGUACAGCAUUGGGAGCAAGCAUGUGGUUUUUCCUGAUGUAUCGUGCGAAGAAAGAUGGUAUUGCUGCCCUUUGA